AUGAUUAAACUUUUAAUAAUUCAUAUAUUAAUAUAUUUUCUAUUAAUUACGAACGUAUUGUCUUUUCAAAAUUCACAAAAAGGAAAAGUUUAUAAUGUAACAAAAAUCAGCUCGAAAAGUUAUGCUACGUGGACAAAUGCAGAUAACAAAAAAAGUGUAAAAUUAUUUUAUUCCUUAAAGAAAAAUAAUAGAACAAAUAAUAGCACACAAAAAUAUCAAAUUAAUGCUUCUUUAAAGGAAAAAAUUAAUUUAAUAUUUCAUGGAGAAAGUGAUAUAACAAUGUUAGACAAGCUUAUAGCCUCCACUAGUUAUAUUCUUCCUUUUAUGGAUGCUAUUCAAGCCUUCGUCAUGCCACUCAUAAACAUCCUUCCAAUUUCUCUACACAAAUAUUUAUUCCAAAUUGAGAAAAUAAACCAGAUAUACUCCUCCAUUCCGUUUUUAUCAUUUGUUACAUUUAUGGGUUUAUAUUUCUUUUUCGUUAAGGAAAAUAAAUUCAAAUUUCAUUAUUUUAUUAGGUAUCAUCACAUGCAGAGCCUCAUAUUAUCCAUGUUCGGUUAUGCAUUAGCAUUAUUUUACUUCCGAGUUUUUCCAUAUUCUUAUAAUGACACAGAUAUCUUUAACUUAACAAUAUUAUAUUCUACUAUGUCUAUUUACUUUGGUUCCUUAAUUAUUCCUUUCAUCGCAUCUUUGCUUGGAUAUUACAUUGAAAUUCCCGUCAUAUCAGAAGCCAUUAAAUUGCACAUAGGUGAAAAGAAAACACAUAUCGAGGAUAUAUAA